ACCCCUGACCCCCACUUGAGUGCUAGGCUCUCCAGGUGGAAAAGAGAGUGGUAUUGUGUGCAUAAGGGGUGGGGUAGAUAAUUUUAUAUUUAUAGAGCUGAAGAGGUUAGAGGUAGAGAGAAGUAUAAAGGGGAUAUCAGGAAAAUAUUAGAAAAAAAAAAAAAAAAGACCGAUCUGUACACUUGCUUUGCAGUUGUUAUUCAAUGGAGAAAGCAUAAUACUAGGUUCCAAAAGAAAUUGAUCUGCAUGCUGGGUUCAAAUUAGGCACUAGAUAUUCCUAGCUUUAUCCCUUCUUUUUCAUUCAACUCAUCCAGGUGUGGGGUAUGGCAAGUCAUCUGGGUCUUUAGUGGACCCAAGAGCAAAAGAGGUGCAUUUCUGAAACGCCCCCAGCGUGUAUCCCCAUUGAGGAGCCCCCUGGGAUAACAGAGUAGUAGCUCGGUCCCCUUGGUCAUUUGCUUCUUGACCCCAUGACUGUUUGGCCAGCUCAGUAUGGGCCAGUCCAGUGGACUCUGCUCUUCCCCCCAAACCCGCCCAUCCUCCCUCCACCUCCGGCUAGGGGUGUUGCACAAGGGCCCUGGGGUGACCAUGGGAGGGAGACACAGGGACAGGAAGGUUCUCCUAGCCCUGAAUCCGCCCUUCUCUCCUCUCAUUCCUACCUUCCCUCAUUUCUUUGACCUCCUUAGAUCCCCUAUAGCCCUUCUCACCCAAGACUUUGGCUCCUCUCACUUCAGCCCCCAACCAGCCUUUUCUUUGCCUGAGGUCCCUUCCAGGGGAUCCGGCCAGCAGUGGAAGAGACCUGGGGACCGGGGGGACCUGACUGGAUAGGGAUGGGGGAACCAGGCCAUUCCCCGAGUCCGCGGUCCCCCCGUGGCAGCUCACUAAGCGCCCUCACUCUUCUGCUGCUCUUCUGUGGACAUGCUCAUUCCCAGUGCAAAAUCCUCCGCUGCAACGCCGAGUAUGUGGCAUCUACGCUGAACCUGCGAGGCGGGGGGCCUUCUGGGGGGGCCCGGGGGGCCGGAGUCCGGGGCCCGGGGGCGAACUCCGGCGGCCUCUGCCGCGCCCUGCGCUCCUACGCGCUCUGCACCCGGCGCACGGCGCGCACCUGCCGGGGGGACCUGGCCUUCCACUCGGCCGUGCACGGCAUAGAGGACCUCAUGAUCCAGCACAACUGCUCCCGCCAGGGUCCCACGGCCCCGCCCCCGCCGCCGGGCCCCGCCCCGCCCGCCGCCGGCCCCGCCCCCGCCGCCGGCCCCCCGGCCCCGGACCCCUGCGACUACGAAGGGCGCUUUUCUCGGCUGCACGGCCGCCCCCCGGGCUUCCUGCACUGCGCCGCCUUCGGGGACCCGCACGUUCGCAGCUUCCACCACCACUUCCACACGUGCCGCGUGCAGGGCUCCUGGCCUCUUUUGGACAACGACUUCCUUUUCGUCCAGGCCACCAGCUACCCGGUGGCCACGGGAGCCAACGCCACCGCCACGGGGAAGCUCACCAUCAUAUUCAAGAACAUGCAAGAAUGCAUUGACCAGAAAGUCUACCAGGCCGAAGUGAACAACCUGCCCGCAGCUUUCGAAGAUGGGUCAGUCAACGGCGGCGACCGCCCGGGGGGUUCGAGUCUGAGCAUCCGAGCCGAGGCUCCCGGGAGCCACGUGGAGAUUCGGGCCGCCUACAUCGGCACGACCAUCAUCGUUCGCCAGGCAGCCGGCCAGCUCUCCUUCUCCAUCCGGGCGGCCGAGGAGGUGGCCAGGGCCUUCUCGGCCGAGCAAGAUCUCCAGCUCUGUGUGGGCGGCUGCCCCCCGAGCCAGCGGCUCUCGCGCCCGGAGCGCCAGCGAAGAGGGGCUCUGACCUUUGAUGCGGCCAGGCAGCUGUGCAAAGAGGGGCUGCCGGUUGAAGACGCUUAUUUCCAUUCGUGCGUCUUCGACGUCCUGACCUCCGGGGACCCCAACUUCACCCUGGCCGCUCAGGCCGCCCUGGAGGACGCUCGGGCCUUUCUGUCAGACCUGGAGAAGCUGCAUCUCUUUCCUCGCGAUGCUGGCGCUCGCCUCAGACUCACGGCUCUGCUGGACCUCGCCCUUCUCGGCACCCUCGCUUCCUGGAGCUCCGUCUGACCGCUCCCGCAGCCGCCUCGGGGACCCAGCUAAAGCUUCCAUGGCCCGCCUCGGGCGCGUCUGGGCCACUCACGUGGUGGGAACGACGCGUGGAGGAGGCAGAGGAGGUCUCCAAGUCUGAGAAUGUCCCGGUGGUAUUUCCUCAGAUGUCUGCAAAUGGGCUAAAAUCCAGGGUCGGCGGGACCCCAGGAUAGGGGAAUGGGGCUGGGCGUGGGCUGGGACUAGAGUCCCUGUGGUCUCCUCCUCUCCGGGAAAGCCCUUAACGAGCCUCUUCGUCUUUAUGCUCGGCUAAUUCUCCUCCUACUGUUAUCUUUGCAACGAUCUAGUCAUGGAAGGCAUGAAGUCGUUUGGAGUGAACAUAACUUCGAAGGUGUUUGUUCAUUCUACCUUUUGAACAAAAAAAGCAAUCUGGUGUUUUGAUUUUUCAUUGGUUUUCAUUGAUGCUUAUACCAUAUAUAAGCUCUCCUCUCAGUGCAAAACCCCUCCAUGCUUUUCCAUCCAGUUUAGUAUUACAUUUGCCCAUUAAUCCACUAUAUUAGAUUGAUCCAAUACACUGGCCUCUCUCUUGUCCUUUUAUUAUCACCGAAAUGCCAAUAGACGAUUAAGAUUAUCAGUCCUUCAUUCUCAAUAUAUGACACCACUUUUUUCUAGUAAUAUAUUUCAUUGUUUUUUUUACAUGACUUCUCUAGUGAAACUUUUUUUUAAAAGCAACAUUCUACAACAGGAAAUUGGAAUUUUAAAAAAAAAAUGGCUUGAGGACCUGGCUUUGCCUCCUAAUUCUGUGACCCUAUUAUGUAAGCUGCAAGUUCUUUAAGUGACAUUUUCCCUGUCUAUAAAACAGAAAUGUUCACAACUUAAUAAACUGUGAAAAGAUA